UGCUCUGCGACGUAAACACCGUGCAUGUCGCGGCAGCUACAAGCGACUUUUCUGGAUCUUGCUGCAGGCUACGAGAUUGAAACGAUAAUGCUGGAUUUACUGACGACCCUAUGACGAUGUGACAACCAGUCGUGUCUCGGUGGUGUUGUGGAGCAGUGUAUGCCCCUGGAGCAGGAGGUGGAGGAGGCCAGGCGGAGGGUCUGAGCUCUGUUGUCGGCGGCUGUCGGUGUCCCGGGAUGGAGACCUGGACCCCCAAUCCCAGAGCCAAGCCUUUCAUCCCUCGCCAACAAAGAAGCUUGUACCUCACCUGGAAAUACAAGCUAACCAACAAGAGGACGAUUCGUCGGUUCUGUCAGGCUGGCGCUGUGCUGUUUCUGUUGAUAACUGUGAUCGUCAACAUCAAACUCAUCUUGGACACAAGAAGAGUAGCCGAUGAAGACGCAGCGGCUCACGAAUAUGAGGACACAAUACCCAACAUGGAGACCCCACGCAGGCCGGCUAAUGGACGCAAGGUCUUAGACAUCGAGGUGUACUCCAGCCGCUCCAAGGUCUACGUGGCAGUGGACGGCACCACAGUGUUGGAGGAUGAUAUGCGGGAGCAAGGCAGAGGCGUCCAUGUGAUAGUUCUCAACCAGGCGACUGGUCAUGUGAUGGCCAAGAGGAUAUUCGACACCUACUCUCCCCACGAGGACGAGGCCAUGAUCCUCUUCCUCAACAUGGUGACCCGGGGUCGAGUCCUCAUCUUCACCAUAAAGGAUGAGGGCACGUUCCACCUGAAGGAGGCUGCGAAGAACCUGUUGAAGAGUCUCGGCAGCCAGGUGUCCCUCAACCUCAGCUGGAGGGACAUGUGGACUCUGGUGGUGAAGAAAGGAGGUCAGGUGUAUGGAGAAAAGCACUCAAAGUCUCCAGCUCUGUCCACCUGGGGAGACCCGGUGCUGCUGAAGACUGAGGUGCAGCUCACCGCCUCUGAAGAGGCAGAGUGCCACUGGGCAGACACGGAGCUCAACAAGAGGAGGAAGGUCUUUUGCGGCAAAGUGGAGGGAUACGGCAGCAUCUGCAGCUGCAAAGACCCGGCGCCCAUCGAGUUCAGCCCUGACCCUCUCCACAACAGUAAUGUCUUGAAUGUCCCAGUGGCCGUCAUAGCAGGGAACAGACCCAACUAUCUCUACAGGAUGCUGAGGUCUCUUCUUUCAGCUCACGGCGUCAACCCGCUGAUGAUCACCGUCUUCAUCGAUGGAUAUUAUGAGGAGCCUAUGGAUGUCGUAGAACUGUUUGGACUGAAGGGAGUUCAGCACACACCCAUCAGCAUAAAGAAUGCCAGAGUGUCCCAGCACUACAAGGCGAGUCUGACUGCAACCUUCAACCUUCACCCAGAGGCCGGCUUUGCCAUCGUCCUAGAAGAAGACUUGGAUAUCUCCAUCGACUUCUUCAGUUUUCUGAGUCAGACCCUCCACCUGCUGGAUGAGGAUGACAGCCUGUACUGUAUUUCAGCCUGGAACGACCAGGGCUAUGAGCACACAGCAGAGGACCCGGCCCUGCUGUACAGAGUGGAGAGUAUGCCCGGUCUGGGCUGGGUGCUGAAGAAGAGCCUCUACAAGGACGAACUAGAGCCAAAGUGGCCGACACCUGAGAAGCUGUGGGACUGGGACAUGUGGAUGCGAAUGCCGGAGCAGAGGAAAGGCCGAGAGUGCAUCAUCCCCGACGUGUCCCGCUCGUACCAUUUUGGCAUCAUCGGCCUCAACAUGAACGGCUAUUUUCAUGAGGUCUAUUUCAAGAAACACAGGUUCAACACAGUUCCCAAUGUGCAGCUGAGGAAUGUUGACAGUUUAAAGCAAGAUGCUUAUGAAGUGGAGAUCCAGCACCUGUUGAAGGAAGCGGAGGUACUGGACCACACUAAGAACCCGUGUGAGGAUUCGUUCCUGCCAGACUCCGAGGGGAAGACCUACAUCAUGUUCAUUAAGAUGGAGACAGAGACGGACACAUCCACCUGGACAGAGCUCGCCAAGUGCCUCCAUGUUUGGGACCUGGAUGUCCGGGGAUACCACCAAGGCCUGUGGCGGCUCUUCAGGAAAAGGAAUCAUGUCCUGGUGGUGGCCGUGCCAAUCUCCCCGUACUCUGUGAAGAAACCAGCCAGUGUCACUCCCAUUCAAUUAGAGCCUCCGCCCAAAGAAGAUGGCGCACCGGUGGAGCAGAUGUAGACCUGAUGUUACACACACACACACACACACACACACACACACACACACACACACACACUUCAACCAGCCCAGGCCUUAACUCUUCACCAACAACCACUCGUAAUCCAGUCUGGGAUCCAUAAGCAGAACUUUUCAGACUUUUCCUAGAUGUGAACUUGUGUACAAGAGGAUACCUGGGAAAUGGAGUCCUUUUUUAUUCCUUUCCAAAGGAAAGGGGGAUUAACAUUACAAAAUGCACUACUUCAUCUGUCCAACAGCUUGACGAGGAGCGAUGAUGCUGAAACCAGUUUUGGUUAAACGUGACUGAACAACUGAAACUGUAAAUUGAUUGUCAACAGCUGUCUGUUUCUGUUUCUGUGACAACUGUGGGCUGAGCUGCGGCCUCGUAAAUUUCAAUUCAACCUGUGACUUUUAAACAAGAACUGUACAAAUGACACGAACACACUGACGCCACAAGUUAGCCAGUUUUCCUCUGUUUGAUGUGUUUUUAACUACUGAGUGCUUUUUUCAUUUUGUACAUUUUAACUUAUCUCUAUUUAUUUUACAUCGAUCAAUCGAAAAGGAGUUCAAUGGUUUUAUGGCUUUUUUUUUUUUUUUUCCGAUCUAACUUUAUUAAGGUCAGUGUGUUUUUAAGAGCCUAACGUUUACAGAUAAUGAAAUAAUAAUGUACAUACAAGCCUAUAUAUUUUUUGAUGAAAAAUGUAAAGGGUCAGCAUAUUUUUCCGCAUUAGAUAUUUACUUUGAGUUAAAGAGUUGAUAACAGCCCUGUGGGUUUUUACUAUUAUUGACUGCUUGGGUCAGUUGGCUCAGAUCAGGUUCCACGAGGGAAACUCAAUAGUGGCUAAAAGAGACAAAAAUCUGAAGAUAUUUAGAGAUUUAGCAACAUACUCUCCAAUCGGAAACAAAGUAAUACAUUAUGCUUACUCGAUUGUACCACACUUUUGUCUUAUUUUAAAUCUGUGCUCAAAUCAGGCAGUUCCUGAAUAAAUUAGUUUGACUACAUAUAGAUGUUCUUUAAAUGUUUGGGCCGCAUACUCCAAACAAAAAUGGGUCUACUUUGUUAAAUGAGGAAAAACAUGUUUAUAUUAAAGUUAGCUCCCAGGAAAAUUACAGUUUUAGGUGUCGGUGUAGAAAAUGUCGGCAUCAGCACCAGCAUUGAACAUUUUCGAAUGAUACCCAGUGCCAACAUUUAUACUACAACACAAAAGUGGAAAAUAAUUUUUCAAAAGUUAAGGUUUUUUCUCUUAAAUUCAGUUUAUAAUUUUAGUUCCCAUGCUAAAUUGUAGUCAUAUUUUCUUGCUUUAUUAUUUGCUCUUUGUUUUAGAAAUGCUGUUCUGAAAACAUGUCGGUCUUACGAGACGCUGCUCCUUUCAUUGUGUUGCGAGCUCACUGCAGUGUUUUAUUUGCUGCGUGUCCCUAAAUGCAGCGCACGUUUCAAAUCACUGAGUUUUGUGCACGUUUUGGCCUCUCUCAGCCACUUAAGAAGAUGAUGCUAUUGUAUUACAGUCAUUAUUUCAAGCUCACAACUUAUAUUUAUUUUAAAGUAACGAGCAGUUUUUUUUUUUUUUGUUAUUUCGACAUAACCUCUUAUUUUUAUGAGAGCUAUAAAUUCUGUGGUAAUUAUCUUGUUAUCCUGAGAUGAGAGACCGAAGAUACGAAGUCAUAGAUUACAGAAAUCGGCAUUCAUAAAACGCCCUCUGUUCUCACCAUUUCAAGUGAAAGGGGAGUUUAUUUGUGAGGAGAAGCUUCAUCCACUUAGUUCACUUUGGCUUUGAAGUGAUUUCCGUCUGACGCAACGCUGUACUGACGAAAUUAAUGAGUCUGUGUGAAUCACGUUUCGAUGCAUCGAUCAGUAGUUGCAGAGCGGUUUGAUUUUAAUUUGAGUAAUUGUGUGCUGAGGAACCACAUAUUUUCUAUCUGCAGUUAGAAACUCCUGUCAGACAUAACCACUUAUUCAGCAGUAAUACAGCCCGCCUCAUGACUGAAUUAAUGUCCGUUUGUGGCCUGGAGUCUUCACUUUGGUUUUAAGAAAUUGAAGAAGUAGAAUAUGCCUACUUUUUAAGCUGCUUUUUCAUUUUGUCUUUUCAUUGAACUGUAUUAUUUUGGUAGUUUGUGUGCGUCUCUUUGUCAAACUAAACCAUUGUCUCCUCAGCAAUACGGUUGAUUCUUGUGUAAUGCUGUGAGAUCAUUCGGAGAAUAGUGGAAGGUAUGCUGUGUGUGUUGGGGAAGUUUCCGGUGCAGUUUGACACACGUGUGAGUUCUUUUAUCUUUUAUCAUGGAGAUGAAUAAAGAUGUUUUAUAGUGUUGCAACUUUUUUUUUUCUUUUUCUUUUUUUUUUUUCAUACCCAGGUGUAUGUUUAAAUAAUUCAUACAGAAGGAUUUAUUAUUAGUGCAUAUUAUUCAUGAAAUAAACUCGGUGCUAUUGUUAUUCUUA